AUGAGUGCUACCGAGAAUUUCAACUCAAAAAUCACAAUAUAUGUCAUUGUCUGUUGGAUUCUUGCAGCCUCCGGCGGCCUUAUGUUUGGCUACGACAUUGGAAUUUCAGGUGGAGUGACGGCCAUGGAUGAUUUCUUGAUUGAGUUCUUUCCUAAGGUCCAUGAAAGAAAGCUGCAUGCUAAGGAAAACAAUUAUUGCAAAUAUGAUAAUCAAUACCUUCAGCUUUUUACAUCUUCAUUAUACCUUGCUGCUAUAUUUGCAAGCUUUGUUGCAUCCAAGGUGUGCACCAAAUUCGGUCGAAAACCCACUAUUCUAGUUGCAUCUUCCUUUUUUCUUGCCGGAGCUGCCUUAAGUGCCGGUGCUAAAAAAAUCUGGAUGCUCAUUGUUGGUAGGAUUCUUCUCGGCAUGGGAGUCGGUUUUGGCAAUGAGGCCGUUCCUUUAUUCUUGUCAGAGAUAGCCCCUGUGAAGUACCGUGGAGCUGUGAAUAUUCUCUUCCAGCUUCUUGUAACUGUAGGGAUAUUAAUUGCAAAUAUUGUAAAUUAUUUAACGUCAAUGGUGCAUCCAUACGGGUGGAGAAUUUCUCUGGGGCUAGCCGGUGUGCCAGCCUGUAUUCUGUUUAUAGGUUCCAUUGUAAUCACUGAGACACCAACUAGCCUAAUCGAGCGUGGAAAGGAUGUAGCAGGGAAAAAAAUACUGAAACAGAUACGGGGUGUAGAAGAUGUUGACGCUGAGUUUGAGCAAAUUAAAUUCGCUAGUGAUAUAGCUAGUCAAGUGAAGCAUCCAUUCAAGGAACUCAUGAAGCUGUCUAGCAUGCCACAGCUAAUUAUCUCCGUGAUGUUGCAAGUUUUCCAGCAAUUUACAGGAAUAAAUGCUAUUAUGUUUUAUUCACCUGUCUUGUUUCAAACUGUGGGAUUUAAGAACGAUGCUUCCUUGUUGUCUGCCGUUAUCACUGGAAUAGUAAAUGUGCUUAGCACCCUCGUUUCGAUUGUCCUUGUUGAUAAAGCCGGCAGGAGAAAAUUGCUUCUCCAAGCCUGCGUCCAGAUGUUCAUCAGCCAAGUUAUAAUUGGAGCGAUUCUACAGUCUCAAUUGCAGACUACAGGUUCACUUGGAAAAACAAGUGCGAUUUUGGUGGUGGUAUUUGUGUGCGUUUUUGUAAUGGCUUUCGCAUGGUCUUGGGGUCCGCUUGGUUGGUUGAUACCGAGUGAAAUAUUCCCUCUCGAAACGAGAACUGCAGGAUUCGCGUUUGCUGUCAGCUCAAACAUGUUCUUCACUUUUCUUAUUGCUCAAGUAUUCUUAUCAAUGUUGUGCCAUAUGCGUGCUGGCAUUUUCUUCUUCUUUGCCGCUUGGAUUUUAUUCAUGGGGUUUUUCGCGCUCUUUCUUUUGCCGGAGACAAAGAAUGUUCCGAUUGAUGUCAUGCUGGAGAGGGUCUGGAAGCAGCACCGAAUCUGGAGGAGGUUCAUGGUUGAUGCUGAUGAAGGAAACAAAAAUUCUGGGGCUAAUGUUGCUUGA